AUGGCCUACAACGCCGUCGCCCAGAUCGACGAGGUCGCAUCCCACUUCGGCUCCGACGAUUCGCGCGCCUCAUCACCCGCUCACGGAGCUUUUCAGCAACUGCGCGACGCCGAUCACCUGGGCGGAGGACGCCGUCUGGAAUCCGCCAGGACAACCGAUAAGGCGGGCCUGGACUUGAGCUCGAUGAUCCGCUCGAUGACCUCGACCAGCUACGACGUCGUCGAGGACGAUGACUACGAGGUCGAUGUCGAUCAUGCCCGCGAUCAGCGAUCGAACAGCUCCCGCAUGCCGCCGCUCAAUACAGCUGUCGCGCGACAUUCCUCCCCCGAGCCCCCCUUGCGCAGCGCCUCUAGCGACCUCCCUAUCCCCCUGAGCCAUCCGAUCCCUGAUCUCCAAUCCAUCCAAGGCGCCUACGCGGGGAAUGUAGAGCGUCUCGAGCUGACAGCAGAGCGGCUAAGCUCGAGUUCGGCGGACAUUGGUAGCGAAAUCCGCAAGAUGGACCAGGAACAGAAGAGGCGUUCAUGCAGCUCAGCUUCAAACUCAGUCAUCAUGCGGAAUGGUGCAUUCUCCCCGGUGACCGUCGCUUCCGCUCAUGGAUCGACCUUUUCCACGCGCCAGCGUUCCGUAUCCGGGGCGUCUCGACUCGCCCAGGUGACCGAGCCUGAUCAUGGCGAAGAUGGCCACUAUGCCGACCAAGCUCUUCCCCCAUUGUCGAUCCUCCCCGCCCCACAACCCCAGAUCUACAGCCACGCCAGCGAGGUGUACAACAACCAGUAUGAUGGACACCAUGCGACGGAGGAGGUCGAGCGGCCGGCCUCGGCCGCAUCGGGCGAUACUUUCCAGCAGGCCCGCACCCUGUUCACCGAUUUUGAUGGCGUUCAUUUCUCUCCCCUCGAGCGUGCUGAAUCCGGGCGACGCCUCUCGCUCAUCCAGCCUCCUCUGGCGUCCAAGCCGGAAUCGUACAAGGAACCCCAAUCGGGCGAGCAGAUGGUGUAUUAUCCAGCACCGGUUCCCCGCAUGUUGAAUCUGCCCCCGAAACUGUCUCGCAAGCCAGUUGCGGACCGCGAAAAACGCCGGACCCAGCUGAUGAACACCAUUGCCGCCGAAGAUAGACACACGGCAUCCCAGCAAACACAGACGAAGGACAAUCAAAAGGACAAACGGCAGUCUACCGUGACACAACAGCUCCGCGCAAGCGUCUUCUUUGAUCCUCCAAAGGCAUCUCUUGAGAUAGACGUGAAGCAAGACUCUGCAGUUGCGACACUUGAUAGUAUCCUCGACGCUUCAGCUUAUGCCCCUGUCUCGGCCUUUACGGACCAUCCAUUCGCUGGCCACGUUGGCUCGCACGUCUACGGUCAUGCAAAGCGCAAGACGCUCAAAAAGCCGCCCCCAGGACAACCACAGCGCAACUCCCAGCACAUAAUGGGCCAGGAACAGAGCCGGGAGAGCGACGAGGACUCCAUGCAGUCGGGAGUUGGACAUCAAACAAACGAUGACCACCAUCACAGGUCGCACGAUAAGCGGUCCAGUAGCGGAACGGAAACCGAGAGCGACGAUCAUUCCCCGGAAAGUGGCGAAGGCGAAGGCGAAGAAGAAGACGAGGAAGAUGACUACGUCGGACCGCCAAACACAUUACUUGCAGAAUUACAGUUGCGAAAACACGAAUUAAAGCAACGGACGCGUACAGCUAUGCCCACUGCUUCCCAAGCACAGGGUAUGGGUACUACGCUGCUCGAGCUAGAUGAAAUGGCUCAAAAGCAGAGCGAGAAGAGACGGCGACGACCGGUGACUCUGGCUUGGGAUGGCCACAAUGUUGCUGAUGAUGACGACGUUCCUCUGGCUAUGCUUUAUCCAGAAAAAGCCAACCCCGACGAUGACAAUCAGCCAAUCGGCCUUAUGGCAAGGCGCCAGGUCGAGGAAAAUGAACCCUUGAGUGCUCGUCGCGCUCGACUUCGAGGUGAACCAGUGCCUGAAAAAGGGCCCGUCACCGUGUACGCAGCUGAGCCCAAGAUGGAGGAGCCCAAGCCUGAGAAUGAAAGUGACAAUGAAGUCGAGGCCGAGACGCUAGCUGAACGGCUUCGACGACUGAGAGGACAAAAUCCAGCGGAAAGCGAUUUCACAAGUGAUCUCCUGGCCGAGUUUGAUACUCGGGCGGGAAUUGCACCCAAGGAAGCUGCGCCAACCAAGGAGCCGGCGCCUGAGCAAGAGGAGACACUUGCGCAACGACGCAACCGCCUGCGAAAGGAAAACAAUUCGCGGCCUGCAACUGCUAAAAAUCUUCAGAUGCGGCGGAGCAUGGCUGCUCUCCCCCAAUCUCGUCCUGCCCAUGUCGCUCGCCAUCAGUCAUCGUUCGAUGUUCUUCCGCAACACCACGGCAUGAUGCCGCAAGUCGCAAAGCGAGCGUCCAUGUAUUCUAUGCCGAUGCAAAUGGGCCCCCAGGGACCAGCAGGAUACCCGAUGGCCCAGCCUUAUGGCUACGGAACGCCCUAUCCUCCAGUUUAUCCCUACAACAACAUGACCUAUGCGAGUGGCUGUGGCCCUAACAUGACCCGGCAGCCCAUCGACCCUGUCCAACGAGAUGUCAUUGAUCGUUGGAGACAGAGCGUUCGCUUCUAA